CGCCGCAGUUGAUCAUUGAAGUGGUGAAGUGCAGCAGAAACCUGUCAUCAUGAAGAGGACUGCUGUGUUCGUUUUUGUAGCCUUCUGUGCUGUCUCAGCUCUGUCAUCGAUGGUAGAUGAAAAUAAAUCCAAACCUUCUGCAACCGUGUCCCCUGCGAGUGAGUUUGGUGCCACAUCUGCUUUUACCGAGCCUGCCCCCAACAUCACCACCGCCACGACUGCCACCACCACCAACACCACCACCACCACCACCACCACCACCACCAACACCACCACCACCAAGCCUACCACCACCACCACCACCAACACCACCACCACCAAGCCUACCACCACCACCACCAACACCACCACCACCAAGCCUACCACCACCACCACCACCAACACCACCACCACCAAGCCUACCACCACCACCACCACCAACACCACCACCACCAACCCCACCACCACCACCACCACCACCACCAACACCACCACGCAUGCAACCACCACCACCACACCUGCAACCACCACCACCAAGCCCACACCUACUCAGCCCACUAACUUGACUGUAGGAAACUAUAGCUUGAAGAAAGACAAUAUGAUUUGCCUGAUGGCUCAGAUGGCACUACAGAUCCGACUGGCAACACCACAGCUCAAUGGAACCUUCAUUGUUCAGCCACAUUUGACCAAAACACAGGGAGGUUGUCAGGAAACCACUGUCAACUUUACCAUUGCCUUCAAAGAGGGCUUCAUCACCUUCAUGUUUAACAAGAGCACUGCAGAUAAUACUGUCUACGUUGAUGCUCUGUCUUUCAAACUCUCCUACCCCUUUAGCAAAGGAGGGAAUGGUGUGUACUCUGCCAACAACCAGUCAGUGAAUCUCUUUGCGGCAACGAUUGGACACUCCUACUCCUGCAAGGCUGAAUCACUCUACAUGGGGAACGGACUGUACCUGGAUGUCAAUCAGGACAGGAUGCAGGCCUUUAAUCUGAAAAAUAACAUCGACUUUGGCACUCCUGACCCAUGUGCUGCUGACCGGCCUGAUUACCGUGUUGCUAUUGCGGUGGGAGUGACAUUGCUGGUGCUCAUUGUCAUCGUUGUGAUAGCCUACCUGUUGGGCCGCAAGAGGAGGACCGAUGGCUACCAGUCUCUGUGAGGGAGGCUAGGCAGAGGUCGAUCAAAGGUCACCUCCAUUAUAAACCAAAAUCAUUGAGGCUGUGUGUUCCAAGGGGUUAAAGGGCACUUCCACUAAAGCCUAUCCUGACAUUUUCUUGUCCUUUUAUGUUUAUUUUAACAUAUUAUCAGUGUUUUACCAUAGGCCCAAUUAUAGAGGCGGGAGUGUGCCACUGGAAUAAUUGUAGAACUUGAAAGUGUUUGACUAUAAAUUUGGCCAUUUAAAUGAUAUUAUAAAUUGAUUAAUUGAUCAAAUUAGCACUUGAAAGUUGUACAGAUAAAUUCAAAAUAAAAAAUAAAUGAUAAAAAGAUCAUUAAAUUUCCCAAUGAAUGAAUUUACUCUUUCUUUAAAUGCUGAAUUAAUAAUUGCCCAGCUGUUAUUUGUACUGGCUAAUCAGAGCUCCAUCUGUUGUUGUGUGGGUAUGACUUUAAUCUAACUUUUAGGUUAAACAAUGCUUAAAAAUCUUUAAAUAAAAAACAUAAGCAAUGUUAGAUUAAAUCGAUCACAAAUCAAAAUGCUAAAGCAGGCACACUUCUUAAACAUCUUUAGAUUUAAUUAAACCACCAAAAAACUAAAUUUAUUCAGUGAUUAAAAUUUCAAUUAAAACAUAACACGUAAAUGUUGUAGCAGGAAACAAAUUAAGUGUGUGAUGUAUUAUGAUAGACAGGCAUGUAAGCCAAUGGAAGAACAGAAAGUUUAAAAAUUUAAAAUUUAACAAGUUUACAAUUCAAUUUGUUUUCAUUUUUAAAAAUCAAUUAUUAUUCAUUAUUUAAAGAGUGAACAAGGAUAUAAUUAGUAAUUGUCAGAAUGAAUGUUUUAAUAAUACAUCUCUAUUAAUCAAUUUUUAGAAUAGCGUUUGUAUUAUUAUUCCAGUGGCAAAUGGGUUUUGAACAGCCAAUAUAAAACAUCACUUUUAAAUUUAACAUGCCAAUACCCAAACUUUAUGUGAGAUUUUAAUGCCAGACAAUUACACAAGUUUGACCCAAAAAUUGUAAUCUGAUCAGGUUGGACAAGCCUCUGAAAAAGCAUUUCUAUACUUGGGACACUAAAAAGGAUGAUGCUAAUAGUGACAGAUCUAUAAAGCCUGACAUCUACAUAGACUUACGUAAAAACUGACCAAAAUGUUCCAUUAGAAUCAGUUGUUGUUGCUGAUUCCAUUAGAAUCAGUUAUUGUUCUCCCACAGACAGCCAGUGUAUUAGUGGUAAGUACUGUGAUAAUUGUGUCAUUGUAUAUUUUUGACAAGAGGCUAACAUUGGCUCCUUAUAUCAGUUUAAAAUCACAUAAAAAGUCAGAUUUUUCCAUGUGUUCUAUCUGCAUUAUAUACAGCUUGUCUCAUCCAAUAUUCUAAAAAGUUCAUUUAAAUUUUACUUAAUCGUUUUAGGAUUGUGUGUGUUUAAAUGUUUUGUUAUUUUUGUAUUCUGUCAUCCAGGGAUAUUAUUUUUAAAUAGAAGGGAAGUUAUCCAAUCACUAACUUUACAGGUGAUUAUUCUGAGUGUGUUUGCAUUGUGAAUAAGCACAAAGGGAAAACAACGACUAUGUUUGUUGGGGAUUAUUUCUACCUGGUCAACAAUAAUUGCACUGAUUGCUAGCCCAACUGAUUAACUUUCUUUUUCAUAUUGUAUGUAGCUAAUGCUGUGUUUUCAUAGAAAUACAGGGAUGGACCGUCCAUGUGGGUCAGUCAUGAGUUUAGUCUGAUCCUGAUUAGAUCUUUAAGGGUUUAAACAUUCAUCACAUCUCAGGAAUGCAUCGCUCCUUCCCUAAGGCUGCUCUGAUACACUGUACUGCCUUAAGUUCGAAAUUUUGGGAAAUCUGUGAAUUCGCUUUUUAGCUGUUUUCCCCAGCUGUUUUCAGUCUUUAUGCUAAGCUAAGCUAACUGUCUCCUGGCUCUAGCUGCAUACAUAAUAGACAAAUAUGACAGUGGUAUGGAUCUCAUCUAACUCUUGACAAAAAAGCAAGUAAGAAUAUUUACCAAAAUGUCGAACUGGCCCUUUAACUAUGCAAAACUGACAGACUGAUUGUGAUAACUGUGUUGCGCAUUAACUAAGUGGACAUAACAAAAAAAAACAAUAAAAUAUAAUACAACCCUACCAAAAUAUCCAGUUAGUAGCUGUUCUGGAGCUUUCAUUCAUAUCACAUCGCAUUUUUUUAAAUCCCUAAAUCCUAGCUUCAUGUUAGAUGGUCAGUUCACCCAAAAUAUAAAGGCCAUGCUGGUAGUUUCAGUUGUAUAUGCUCAUCUUUUGAUAUAUUUGCUUCUGAAACUUCUGCUGCCACUUUAAUACACUGAAGGUGAAUGGAAUUUCAUUUGUGCUUCUCAAAGCAUUGAGAAAAAUUACAUAUGAUAACUGAAUAGUGGCUCAUAUUUCCAGAAUUGAUGUCGCAGUUAUCAGCACUGUCUGUAGAUUAUCAGAGUAACCAAGAUGUUGUUUAUGGAAAAAACAAGCGGCUGAUGGGUUUUUCAAAAGUAAUUUUUUCAAUGCUGUGCUCCUCCAUUGUUCUCUUAGGCAUAUUUCUCAAAACCUGGACAAAUAAAACCAAAGAGGUAGUUGUGAAAAUGUUUUUGGUUUUCUCUUAUGUGUGAACUGAACCUUUAAGUAUUCUGAAUAGUAAUCUAGACUUACCUUUAGUAAUACUUGGAUUGCUUGUGUUGAUAUAAUGAAAAGUAGCAUGGAGGUUGGAGUAGGCUGUCUAGAUGUGAUGUGUUUGAUUGAUUCCAGUCCAUCCCUGUGUAAACGUCCCUCAGUAAAUGCCAGCUUCUGAGGGACGUUACUAUGUACAGUUAUCCACAGUGUGUGAGCACAUUGUUAACUUUCUGUGCCAAUAAAGACUGAUGUAUUUCUGUA